AAAAGAUUUCCAAAUUUUAUAAAUCAUCAAAAUAUUAAUUCUUUGUUAAUUAGUACAAGUUAUAUACGAAAAGUUACAAAUUUACAACACAUUAUUUAUAAACAAUAUGCCACAUCAGCUUUUAAGAAACCAAUUUACAUUACUACACCAAUUUUUUAUGUUAAUGCAAUCCCACACAUAGGACAUUUAUAUUCAGCAGUAAUUGCUGAUAGUCUAAAACGAUAUUAUGAAUUGAAAGGUCAUAAAGUUAUUUUUAGCACAGGAACUGAUGAGCAUGGAUUGAAAAUUAAGCAAUCUGCAGAGAAAAGUAAAAUGAAUCCACAAGAAUUUUGUGACCAAGUUUCUAGUAAAUUUAAGGAACUUUUUGAUAUCGCCAACAUCAGUUAUACAACCUUCAUACGCACAACAGAACAAAGACAUAAAGAUGCUGUAAAAUAUUUUUGGAAGUGUCUUAUGAAUAAUGGAUUCAUCUAUAAAGGCAGAUAUAAAGGUUGGUAUUCAGUAUCUGAUGAGGCCUUUUAUAAUACUUCUCAUGUUCAAGAAAUUCAAAAUCCUGAUUCAAAAGAAAAACUCAUGAUAGCAACUGAAUCUGGUCAGUCUGUAGAAUGGACAAUAGAAGAAAAUUAUAAAUUUCGCCUUUCAGAAUUUCAAGAUAAAUUAAAAAGUUGGUUAGAAGAGAAUCCUCAAGUCAUUAUGCCGAUUAAUAAAUUCAAUGAAGUCAAAGCAUGGAUUGAUAGUGGAUUAUCUGAUUUAUCAAUAUCUAGACCACAUUCUAGACUAGAUUGGGGAGUUGAUGUUCCGGAGGAUUCAGAACAAACAGUUUAUGUUUGGCUGGAUGCUUUGAUCAAUUAUCUUACAGUAACAGGAUUUCCUUGGCCACAUGAUGAUUUGAAUGGAUGGCCCGUAGAUAUCCAUGUAAUAGGAAAAGAUAUUUUGAAAUUUCAUGCAGUAUAUUGGCCUGCAUUUUUAAUGGCGGCAAACUUGCCACUUCCUCAAAAAAUUUUAGCUCAUUCACACUGGACGAUGGAAAAGCAAAAAAUGUCAAAAAGUCGUGGUAAUGUAGUAGAUCCAAUUAAAGUAAUGAAUGAUUAUGGAGUUGAUACAAUUCGUUACUAUUUAAUGAGAGAUGGUGGAAUUGCAGAUGAUGGAGAUUAUUCUGAUGAGAACAUAAAAGUACGAUAUCGAAAAGACUUGGCAGGGCAACUUGGAAAUCUUGUAUCACGUAGUAUUUCUCCUGCAUUAAAUCCUUCUUCUAUUGUUCCAUCAGCACCUAAAUUUCUCGGUGAAAUAGCCGAAAAGGAUGCUAACUUGUAUUAUAAAUUACAAAGCCUUCCAGAUCUCGUAGAUAAACAUUUCCAAAAUAUGGAAUUUGGGAAAGGAUUGUCAUUUAUAUUUGACGCUAUUGCUGAGGCUAACAAGUAUUUCACAGAUAAUGAACCAUGGAAAUUAAAAAAUGACAAGAAUCAAAAAGAAGCUGUUAAUAAUAUAUUGUUUUACUCGGUAGAAACAGUAAGAAUUUCGGGAAUUUUGUUACAACCAGUUAUGCCAACAAAAAUGUCUGAAUUAUUAGAUAGACUUGGAAUACAAAAAGAUCAAAGGACUUGGGAAUAUGCUAGAUUUGGUAGAGGAUGGGAUUUGAAUAAUAAUCAUAAUAGAAAGAUUAAAUUUCAUCAUGAUGAAAAAAGUGUUUUAUUUCCAAAAUUUAAAUUAACAAAAUAAAAAAAAUUUUAUCUGA